CCCCUCCCCUUUGCAGCCGUUGCCGGCCGGAGAGCGAGACAGAGGGACGGCGGGGAAGGUCUGGCGGUCUGAGCCUUCAAACAUGUCUUCUGGGGACAUUAAUCAAGAGGCGGAGAAGCUGACCCUGGCUGAACUGUAUGUCUCUGGUCGUGAAGGAGAUGAUGAAACUGGAACAGGAACAAAAGACAAGCCAUUUAAAACAGCUCUUUGGGCCUUAAAAGUGGCAGGGAAGGAACCAUUCCCAACUAUUUAUGUGGAUUCCCAAAAAGAAAAUGAGCGCUGGGAGGUUAUAUCAAAGUCACAGAUGAAAAGUGUUAGAAAGCUCUGGCAACGGGAUCAAAUAAAGAACGAAUCAAAAGAGAAAAGGGAGCAUGAAGAUGCAUUACGGAGAGAGAAAAAUUUGGAGGAGGCCAAAAAGAUAGUCAUUAAACUGGAUGUUACUCUUGGAGAACCACAGCAGAUAAAAAUCCGAGACACAGAAGCACACAGAGGGCAACGAGUGAAGAUCUUUGGCUGGGUCCACAGAUUGCGGAGACAAGGAAAGAACUUGAUGUUUGUUGUUCUGCGUGAUGGUACAGGAUUUCUUCAAUGUGUCUUCAGUGAUGAGUUGUGUCAGUGCUACAAUGGACUGGUACUAUCGACCGAGAGCUCCAUUGCAGUUUAUGGAACCUUAAACAUUGUGCCAGAAGGCAAGAUGGCUCCAGGAGGGCAUGAAUUGAUUUGUGAUUACUGGGAGCUCAUUGGUUUAGCUCCAGCAGGGGGUGCAGACAACUUGCUGAAUGAAGAAUCUGAUGUAGAUGUGCAGCUCAACAACCGUCACAUGAUGCUUAGAGGAGAGAACUUGUCCAAAAUCUUCAAAGUGCGCUCUGCUCUGGUGCAGUGCUUUCGGGACCACUACUUUGACAAUGGCUACUUUGAAGUCACCCCACCCACUCUGGUCCAAACACAGGUUGAGGGAGGUUCUACACUAUUUAAGCUGAAUUAUUUUGGUGAAGAAGCAUUCCUGACACAGUCCUCUCAGUUAUAUCUGGAGACUUGUAUCCCAUCCCUUGGAGAUGUUUUCUGUGUUGCUCAGUCUUACCGUGCUGAGCAGUCUCGGACACGCAGACAUCUUGCAGAGUACUCUCAUGUUGAGGCAGAGUGUCCAUUUAUUACUUUUGAUGAGCUUCUCAACCGUUUGGAAUUCCUUGUCUGUGAUGUAGUUGAACGCAUUUUGAAGUCUCCUUAUCAGGACCUUGUGCGUGAGCUGAACCCGAAUUUCCAGCCUCCUCAACGCCCUUUCAAAAGAAUGAAUUACACAGAUGCUAUCACGUGGCUCAAAGAACACGAUAUCAAGAAAGAUGAUGGAACUUUCUAUGAAUUUGGAGAAGAUAUCCCAGAGGCUCCAGAGAGACUAAUGACUGAUGCAAUCAAUGAACCUAUACUACUGUGUCGUUUUCCCACUGAGAUCAAAUCCUUCUACAUGCAGCGUUGCCCAGAGGAUCGUCGGCUUACUGAAUCUGUUGAUGUCCUAAUGCCAAAUGUUGGUGAGAUUGUGGGAGGGUCAAUGCGUAUCUGGGACAGUGAGGAGCUGUUGGAAGGUUAUGAGCGUGAAGGCAUUGAUCCUACUCCUUACUACUGGUACACUGACCAGCGUAAAUAUGGCAGUUGUCCUCAUGGUGGUUAUGGCCUGGGUCUGGAACGAUUUUUAACAUGGCUUCUCAACAGACACCAUAUUCGUGACGUAUGUUUGUAUCCACGCUUUGUUCAACGGUGCAAACCGUAACACCGACUUGGUGCAACACUGGAAUAAAAUAAAUUUAAUGUACUUUAUCUCUUGCAUAAAAAGAAGGAAAAUUGUAAAGUGAUCAGCAGAUCCAUCAGCAUCUGAAAGCACUGGCUGUGAUUUCAGGGACAGACUCUUAGCUAAAUCCUUGGUCUUGGUUAUCUGUAUUUUAAGAAUUGCUUAACUGCUGGAAAUUGACAUCACUUUGUCAUCAGUAGGUUAUCUUGUCUUCACGUACAAUAUUGAUAUCAAGAAUGCUUGUUCAAAUUUUACAAUAAUAAAUCAUUCUAACAAUU